AUGGCGGCCAGUAACCUUUUGGCCUCUUUACUCAAGUAUGCUUCUUUUUCGGCCGCCAUCGCGGUCGGCUUAUACGCGACGCUGUUGGCCCUACUGACAACGCAAACAUUCCAAUCCCACGUGGUGUAUCUGCAUGCCAUCGAAAUGACCUGGUUCAAGGACCUCAAUGUUCCUGAAACCUUUGGCUUUCUACGCAAUCAAGUCACCCCUUUUAUAAUUUCGACUCCUGAUGGGGAGCAGCUUUACGCCUGGCACAUCCUGCCCGUGGAACUGUACCGUCAACACGAACAAUCCCUGGUCGCGGAGCCCGCAGGAUUGGUCUCCAACAUUACCUCCCGGCUCUCCUUCCAGCUUCUGCGCGACGAUCCUGAAGCUCGUCUGAUCUUGCACAUGCAUGGUGCCGGGGGCACAGUGGGUUCGGGAUAUCGCGUUCCUAACUACCGGGCGCUGUCCGCUGGCCAGCCGGAGAAAAUCCACGUUCUCACUUUUGAUUAUCGGGGAUUUGGGCGGAGUACUGGUCAACCCUCGGAGGCGGGCCUGAUCACUGACGCCCGUGCGGUCGUCGACUGGGCCAUGACGGUCGCUGGCAUUCCCCCCUCUCGCAUUCUCAUCUUCGGUCAGUCUAUGGGGACUGCAGUCAGCCUCGCCAUCACCCGCGACCUUGCUGUCCAAUUUCCACCCGUGGUAUUUGCUGGUACCGUGCUGGUGGCCCCGUUUGUCGAUGUUGUGACUUUGGUUUCAACCUAUCGUGUGGCGGGCAUCAUUCCGAUCCUGUCUCCACUUGCGCGCUUCCCAUGGCUUUUCGAAUCCCUGCAGCGCUUUAUUCGGGACAACUGGCUGAGCAAGAAUCGCAUUGCCGAGUACGUACGGGCCAACGAAGUAAACAGGCAAAGAUACUAUCUUACCAUCAUCCAUGCGGAAGACGACUACGACAUCCCCUCGCACCACAGCCAAGCCGUGUUCUGGCAUGCAGUCCGAGGAGCUGUACCUGGAGGCAUCAGCUACGAUGAGCUAGAGCUCAAGAAACCAGACACCAAAGUAGACCUUGGCGCUGCUGGUACUGUCGUGGAAUGGAAGACCGACAAUGGCAUCAUCCGGGAGCAGAUCCUGAAGACUGGCUUGCAUGAUGCUAUAAUGGGGUACCCGGUAGUUACCAUGGCCGUUAUGCGGGCUUUCGAGUCGGUAAAUCCGGCCUUCACGGGUCUGCUGCACGGAAACUAG